AUGACCGUAUCCCAAAGCCCAAUCUCGCAAAAUGCCUCCCCCUCGCGGCCCCCACUCUACGUGGCUUCGCCUCCACUCGACACAACCACCGGCCGCCCGAUCAUCCAACGCAUUUUAAUCGCCAAUCGUGGAGAAAUCGCCGUACGCAUCAUCCAAACCUGCCGCAAACUCAACAUCAGCACCGUCGCCGUCUACGUUACAGAGGACUCCUCAUCCCGCCACAUUCGCGAAGCAGACAUCGCCAUCUGUCUGGGCUCCCUGAGCCGCACUACCGACGACUACCCCGAGCAAGAAGCAAACAAUCCAGGCAACCCCUUCCUCAACAUCCCCCUCCUCAUUCGCACUGCCCUCUCGACCCAGUCUCACGCCAUCCACCCGGGAUAUGGCUACCUCAGUGAGAACGCAUCCUUCGCAACCGCUGUGCGCGCCGCCGGCCUGAUCUUUCUCGGGCCAAGCACCACCGCUCUCACCUCGCUUGGCGACAAACGUGCAGCCAAGACUUACCUGCGCACACACGCGCCCGCCGUUCCCUUGAUACCCGGCUUCGUCGGCACCAGCCAGACUCCGGCUGACCUGAUCACCGCCGCGACGGAGAUCGGGUUCCCGGUGAUUCUGAAAGCCUCCGCCGGCGGCGGGGGAAAGGGAAUGCGGAUUGUCCAUGAGCCUUCACGAUUGGAGGGGGAGCUAGAGAGAGCGCACUCCGAAGCGGAGCGGGCCUUCGGGCAAAAGGACUGUAUUUUGGAGAAGUUUAUCGCAGCCGCCAAGCAUAUUGAGAUCCAGAUUGUCGGGGACGAGCACGGGACGAUCAUUGCAUUUGGAGAGCGGGAUUGCUCCGUGCAGAGGCGGCAUCAGAAGGUCGUGGAGGAGACGCCGUGUGAGUUUCUGACGGAUGGCAUGCGGCGAGAGAUGUGUGACACUGCGGUCAGGAUUGGAGAGUUGAUUCAAUAUGCCGGAGCGGGCACGGUGGAGUUUGUGGUGGAUGUGCAGACGCGCCGGUUUUACUUUCUGGAGGUGAAUGCCAGAUUGCAGGUGGAGCAUCCGAUCACGGAGGAGGUGAUGGGGUGGGAUUUAGUGGCGUUGCAGGUUUAUGUCGCAGCGGGCGGCCAGCUGAAGGAUUUGCCGGGGUUGGAGGGGGGAGGCUUGAAAGCCCCGGCGCAAGGCCAUGCGAUUGAGUGUCGCCUUUGUGCGGAAGACCCGAAGAAUAAUUUCUUCCCAGAGCAUGGGAGGAUUCAGCUGUGGCGGCCGGCAGACGGGAUUCUGGGACCGGGCCGGGAUGUGCGAUAUGAGACGGCUAUCCAGACAGGGGCCGAGGUGUCGAUUAACUUCGACUCGAUGAUAGCUAAAAUUGUUAUCUGGGCGCCAACGCGUGCGCUGGCGAUUGAGAAAAUGAGUGGUGUACUGGCCCAGACGGCUUGUGUUGGGGUCAAGACGAACCAGCUCUUCCUGCAGCGCUGUCUUCUGAGUCCCGAGUUCCGGAAACCGACGUAUACGACUGCAUUCAUUUCGUCACAUUUGGAGCAGCUGUUGCAGUUUCCGGAGGUGCCGCUGCAGGAGAGUCUGCCCCUGAUUCCCAGCCUGGUGAUCCGGAAUUUGGCAGAAACAGGAAAUACUCGUGGCCGGCCAUUCCAGCACAUCCGCAGGCAAUUCCGGAACCAGCCCUGCGAUCCCGUCAACAUCCACUAUGACAUUGUCACGACCAUCACCGGUCCGCAGGCUGGGACAUCAAGCAUUUGUGUCUGGGAUCCACCGGCAGCAGGACAGUCUCCCAAUUUGAAACAUGUGCGAAUCUUACCUGUGCCAGCUGAGACGGAACCCGGCUCUGCCGCCGCUCACUACAACACCAUCAGCAACACUCUCCGCGGCGGUUCCAUCAAAGCCGUUACCCCAAGAACCAUGUGUAUUGAUUCCUUGCAACCCACAGAGGCCUCUUCGAAUCCAUCCAGUCUUCCCAGCACCUUCACCAUCAAAGUAUCAGUCGACGGGCGCAGAAUCGGUGCCCACGUCGCCAUUCCUUCCCUUGGCAUAGCCACAGGAAUGGCCGACCGUCCUCAAAGGAUCUACUGCCACUCUCCAUCUUUUGGGACAUACAUGGAAUUCCAGCGGGACAGUCCGCUCUUGUUCGCGGAGAGUCGAAGGCGGGAUGCAACAACCGAAGAGGCGGGGAAACGCACGGUCACUGCGCCCAUGCCGUGUAAGAUUUUGUCCAUCGAGACGAAGAAUGGGGACUUGGUGAAGGCAGGGCAGGUGGUCAUGAUGAUUGAGAUAUCUCCGUGGCGGAAGGGAGAUGCGGUAGAGGAGGGAAGGGUGCUUUGUUCGGUUGUCUAG